UGCCGGCUAACGAGCGGCACGCGAGCCACUGGAUCUGGCAAGCCGUGCCCCAUGUCCGGGUGCUCCGGCUUCAUGUCGUCGAGUUUGAGCAGGAACCCUCACCCCUAUCUGAUCUGCGUCUCGUUUCCCAGCACCUCACGAGAUUAGAUCUUGUUGGUGUAGCUGUCAACGACAGCGUUAUGGAUUUUUCAGGCUGUCCGGCGUUGGUGGAACUGAGUAUGGAGGUUUGCGAUGUUUUCGCCAACCAGCUGUUGUCUCCAUCCUUGGAGCACCUGCGCAUUGCCCGCUGCUUUACUGCCGAGGAUACUCGCAUUCUUAUUUCUCUACCAAGUCUCGUUUCGCUCGAGUUGAUUGUAUGCCGCCAAGGAAGGAGCCCAUUGCUCGGAAGCAUGCCGCUAUUAGCAAGAGCUGUUGUUGUACUUAAGAAUGAUUGUGCUGAUCGGUGCUUUAAGGGUCGAUUUAAUGAUUGUGGUGAUACAUGUUAUGGUUGUCGUUAUUAUUAUGGAGAUCCUGAAUUUGGACCUACUUAUGACCGCAACGACAGCAUAUUUCUCAAAGGUUUGUCCGAGGCUACGGACUUGGAGCUGUCUGCUGAUUCUGAUGUGAUUCUUUUUGACAGGGAUUUGAAGCGGUGCCCUACAUUUACCAAGUUAAAAACUUUGUUACUCAAUGACUGGUGCUUGGCUGCUGGCCACAAUGCACUAAUCUGUUUUCUCCAGCACUCACCAAUUUUGGAGAAGCUUACACUUCAACUUUCUAAGGGACCUUCAUAUGUAAGUGAAACACAAGGAAUAUACAAACCAUUGGGACAGUCAGUUGCAUCCCAUUGUCUUAAGAUAGUUGAAAUCAAAUGUGCAAAUGUUGAUAGUAAGGUUCACAGACUUUUGAAGAUAUUGACUACCUAUGGCAUACGCCUUGAGCAAAUUAGGGUCAAACAAACUAGCAGAAUUUCUGGAUCUGAAUGCUUCAACUUUGUUUGCACUGAUUUCAGCUAAAACUAGAGGGCAAAGUUUGGAUUAGUACCCAAACCAUUCUUGGCAAGGUGAGUGCUAUGAUCCAUCAGUGGAAGAUCAUAUGCUUGGGAAAUCAGUCAGUGCUACUUCAUAGUCACUUGCAAUGAAUGUAUCGUUAAAGAGGAGAACUCUUGCGGAUCGCCUAGUGAAGAUGAGGGAUGCAAGCGAGAAGGACUUUCCAUUGGGCUUCAUCCUGACAUAUCACUCUAGUUGAUUCUUUGUGCCUGUAAUAAUUAGCUCUAUGCACUAUUUAUUUCUGCAUGCAUUUGGUUGAAUUACCCCGAUUGUUGUGGCAAUGCUAAUGGGCUUUAAUUUCCCUUUUGGCUUAGCUACUUUGGCGAGGCCUGAGCGC